AUUACCCCAGCCUGCAGACCCCCGGUUUUUUGACCGACAAUGAAAACACUACAUCAACCCCAGAUUCUAAAGGAUGGAGACACCAGGUCAAAGUGCGGAGCUUUCAAAGGCGCACGUGACCCAAGGUCCAUCCGAGACUAGCCCAGAAGCAACGAGGACCACCGAGCCAGGGGACUUGACAAAGGAACGUGAUUCACACAGAGAUACAAACCCUGUAGCUGAGAUCUCACAUAAUGUAAAGAAGUCGGGGCGUGAGGGUGGCGUUGGAGGACCCGGCAGAAAACCAAGAGCCUGUCAAGAAUGCAAGCGGCAAAAGAUGAAGUGUGAGGCAAUGCCCGGAGAACGGAAAUGUCGAAAUUGUCAAAGAAGAAAGAUCGAAUGCGUGAUGAAAUAUGUCCCAAAUUCCUCGCUUGCAGAGGUGGAGAAUCGAUAUGAGCAAAAGAUCGAUACCAUGCACAAUGAAAUACAAGCCAUACAGUCCACCCUUCAAGCUCUUCUUCGGCAACAGAACAUGCUCCAAGCGCAUACGCCUACUCCGGCAGCCAACCCAAUGACUACUCCUGGUUCCGACUUGAACAGAAGCAUUAAUUCGGAUUUGAUCCACUCAAGGCAGGGCGAAAAUACACACAUGGCCAUGACACGCGAAAAUUCAGCGGAGCCCGAAACUAGUAAUGAUGAAAAUGAUCGUCAAGCUGCCGUACGGCUCGAGGAGCCCAUGGGUUCUCUGUAUGAAGUAACUCGACUCCGUAAUAUCCGGUCGAAUCGUGCCAAAACUGUUAGACCCGCAAAUCGCUCAUUCGAAGAACUAGACGACUUCAUAACGAGAGGAGUCAUUGGUGAACAUGAAGCUGAGGAGUUGUAUGCGAUCUUUCAUACGAGCUUGAACCACUACCUUUGGGUAGGUCUAGAACAGCUUCACGGUAGCCUGGAUUCAGUAAGAAGAAGCAGCGAAAUGCUGACAGCCACGAUUCUAACGGUCACUGCACUUCACAUCCCCACUAGCGCCGAGACUUUUGACAAGUGCUAUAAAGAGUUCCUGGGUCUGAUAUCGAGCAGUAUGUUUUCAAGAUAUCACUCUAUUGAUGAUGUUAGGGCGUUGUGCAUUGCCGCUUUCUGGCUGUCAGAUGUGAGUUGGAAACUCUCUGGACAUGCAAUACGCAUCGCAACGGAAUUAAACAUCCACCAUUCCUUCUUCAACGCACUCGAAGGUGAUCCCGAGCAUUUCAUAAGAGCCAGGCUUUGGUAUAUGCUGUAUGUUUGUGAUCACCACUUUAGUAUUGCCUACGGUCGUCCACCCAUGAUUGCCGAAAGCGUUCAGAUCAGGGAGCAUGAGAGAUAUCUACAAUCACCCCUCGCGAACGCACUCGACUACCGGAUACUAAGUCAGGUAGCCUUGAUGCAAAUCAUGACGAGGAUGCAGGAUCGUUUUGGAAACCGAAGACUGCCGCAAGACGACCCGAGCGGUGCGUUGUUAUCGGAAGCUGACUUCGUGGACAUGCGAAAUUUCAAUGUAGAGAUAGAUCGCUGGCGUAUGAAGUGGCAUGCUAGACAAGUCAAUAACACAUUCAUUGGCACAUUUCCGCCGAAGGGGAUUAUUCUUUACUCUUACUUUGCGAAGCUGCAAAUCAAUUCCUUUGCCAUCCGUGGUAUCACAUUGUCCCAUACUCAAUCAGCCAAUUCCGCUGCAGUGCAACCCCAGCCAUCGAUCUUCCAUAAUUAUAGCUCGCGAGAAGCCUCCAUUGCCACUGGAACUAUGUCACCCACCAACCACGGUCUUAGCACGGAGCGCAAAGAGUUCGCAAAUACUGCCAUCAGCUCCGCAGCGAGUAUCCUGACAUUUGUUCUGGAGGAGGAAGAUAUGAGACGAGCUCUUGUAGGAACACCCCUCUACGUCCAUACGAUGAUUGCUUUUGCGUCCGUGUUCCUGAUGAAAGUGACCACGAAUUGGAACAUGAUCAUCGGACUAAACGUGGAAACAAAAUAUGUUACCAAUUUAUUGGAGAGAAUGAUAUUACUCCUCAAAGGCACAGUAACAAGCGAUCGCCACCUAUUGUAUCACAUUGCGGCUGGCCUUGAGAAGAUGCUUGAGAAGAGCCGACAAGCCCAAGCACGUGGCCCCCCACCUGGACUAAAUCAAGAUCCACUUUCAGACUUGCAAACUUCGAAUGGCUUUACUGCAUCAACUCGGAUUGAAAGCAGGCGGGCUCGAGCAACGUCAACCGCCUCCACGUUCCCCACAUCAGAAAACCCCGGACAAUUUGCAUCAAUAGCCGAGCCAAAUAUGCCUUCCAAUGUCGACAUGAACGGUUUUAGCGGGUGGGGCAACGGCUAUGGCGUCGAAAACAAUGCGCAAGGGGGAAAUGAACGAGCUACCGAAACAGAGUAUGGGGGUUUUUCCGGAAGCGACAUGAUGAUCAUGAACGAUAGCCUCAUUUACGAGGCUUUCGGCAGUGAAAGUGCGAAUGAUGUCUACAAUCUUUUGACUAGCCAGUUCAGUUACUAAUUGAUAUCGAACGUCGCGAGCGCCAUUACAUUGGGACUACUGCAAGUCCAGCAGCAAAGUGGGC